GAUAUUAGUCGUAUUUCAAGUUGUCAUAAAGAAAAAUAUUGCAUUCUUUUUUGUGACCGAGUGUAUAUAAAGUUAACCAACAAACCACAGCAAACUGUCUUGGAUGUUCCGGUAUAUAAUAAUGGAUAAAGUGUAUGGAUGUUAUAACCAUCAAGCAUCAUCGCAAAUUUGUCUAAAGGAUUAUUUUCUGGAAUAUAGUAAAUUAUUACAAUCUACCAUAUACUAUGAAGAAAAUCAAUCAACAGAAGAAAAAAUGUUUCAUCUUAUGGGCAUUGAACUUUCAGAAGCAAGACUAAAUUUAAUGUCACAUUAUUGCAGUGUCAAUAAUUUAAGGAUGGAAACUACCAAUGAUGAUGAAAGCGAAGAUAAAAAACUUGAUAAACAUCUUGAAAAUAUUUCAGAUAGUACUAAUUUGGAGACACUUAAAGUUUUGAAGAAAUAUAAUAAUACUUUAUUACAGAAAUAUUAUACUCAAAAUGGGAUUCCAAUCGUACAUGAAAAAUUGUCCAAUGAGGUCAAAACUAUAAAACCUGGUUCAGAUUUUCUAGUUUAUGUUCAAGUUUAUGAGCCAUUUAACUCUUCUAUACAACGUUCAGGCAAAUAUUUUAAACCUAAUUUUCCAACUCUUCGAAUGAAAUAUGUCAUAUCAAUACUUGGAUGUCAGUAUCUUACUGAACUUCGUGAGAAGAUAACAUGUGUAUCUGAUAUGUCAAUUGCAACAGAAAUUAGUGAAAAUCCAGAUGAACAGAUUGAAAACUUAGCAAAAAAUGUCUAUAAAUCAGGAUUCUUUUUUAUUGAAAAUACUUUUUACAAUGAUAUGAGAGAUGCAAACAACGUUAAUUAUAGUGAUGUUAUAUUGAAAUGGGCAAACACUCGAGAUAAAAUAGGCCCAUUUAAAACUGCAAGGAUGGAAAACGUCCGAAUAGAUUCUCUUUGUGCAAGAUUUGGUUUUCCAUGGGUAUAUAUGCAUCAGGGUUCUUGUGAGCACUUGAUUGUACUGUCUGAUGCCAGGUUAGUGACUGAGAAUGAUGAUUUAUCGACGUCUGUGUACCCAAAAAUAGAAAAGAUAAAACCUAUCCCUGGAAAAAAUUGUUUAAUGUGUGGUUUACUUAAUGUACGUUGGAUACUGACAGAGCAUAACAGAAUACCUCAUGACACAAGUUAUUUUUGUGAAAACUGUUUUAGAUCAUACAAUUAUAUUAAUAAUAUAAAAGUUGGGAACUUCAAAGCAUAUAGAUAUCCUUGUAUACCAGAAUUAAUGCGAGAAAAUAAAAGAAAUAAAUAACUUUAACAGGCUAGUCUGACAUUAUUAAUGAUGAGCAUUUCAAUGUGUAACAUUCACAAACCUAUUACAAAUUUAUUUUAAUAUAAGAAAUAUA